AUGAAAGCGGGUGAUACAUUGUGGGCUCUCAGCAAACGAUACGAUAUUCCUCCCGACGAAAUCCUAGCUGCCAAUCCUGAUGUUGUACAAAUUGCUUAUCCAAAAAGUGAUGGUUAUCCCACGAAGCAUAAUUCAGCGACAGAAGAUCAAGGAAUCUACGAAGAUCCCAUUACAUUUGCAACAAACAAACGUGAACUAGACAUCGGAACUAUGAUUUACGUUCCAUUCUUAAGAAAAUAUUUUAUUAUGGAAGAUCUUUGUGAAUCAGCAGUACGAGCAUGGGAUCAAGGACAGUACACAUGCUGA